GCAACCCCAUGCAUCCCACGGUUGACCCCAGCGAAGGUAGUUAGCCCCGUGCAGUACAGAAUUCCAGUGGACGAAAUGGAAUCCCUCGAUGCUGCACCAUCCGCAGAUUAUGCGUCUUUGCUAACCAUAUCUUCGCCCAAAGAUACAGUACAAGGAGUUGACUACGGCCCAGUUGAUCGUAACCAAAAUUUUCAGAAACUUGGUCAGGAACAUAUUUACGCUCAAGUGUCUCAGAACGGACCUGUUAAUGGAAUAUUACCCCUGCAUCUAGAAUCUAAGUCGAAAACUGUGACUAAAAAAGACAAGUCGAAAGCUGUGUCAAAUAAAAUUCUGCUGCACAAUGCAGUUCUGCUCCGAAAUCCAGUUUUGUCUUUGACGCACUCAAGUAGCGAGCCAGAUGUAAGGCAGUCGAAUCAAAAUGUUCCAAGUUUAUGUCCUAAUAACUAUGGAUCACUCAAUCCAACCAAAGUUGAUAACAAUGCAUCAAUCCAAAAACCAGAAACACCCAACGAUUCUGCGGUAUUUUCAAUUAGUGGUCGAAGAGUUGUGGUGUCAAGUGGGUUUAAAGGGAACGGAAAUCAAAAGAAUCAAAGUCAAACAGUAUCUACCUCUGAACUUCCGAAUGGGGGCUCGAAUCUUUGGUCUCGAAGAUCUUCAAUUGAAAGCCAGACGGAAAGAAAACGCCGAAAGCUUCAAGUGUGUACAGAUUGUUUCUCCCUUUGCCUAUUCAUUCCAGGAACUGUACUCUGUAUCAUAAGCCCCUGGUUAUUAGUGCCUAUUUAUAUAAUUCCAAAUUUUCUAGGAAAUCAAUUUCAAACUUUGAUAUGGGUCAGUUGCAUUGGCUCUGCUAUAUUAGUAUUCAUGGGCUGCAUGGUUGGUAAUAUGGUUUGGUAUCGAAAAGGGGAAGAUUGGAAAUGUCGUUUACAUUGCGGUAAAGGACAUAAGAAUCACUAUUGGGGAGACAGUCUUACUUCUAAAAGGAACACACACACUGUUUAA